CUUCCCUUCACGGCUUCACCACCCUUAGUGAAGCUUUUCAUCGUAAUACGUCUCUCUCUUCACACAGCAAUUCUCCCUUUGCCAGCUACACAGCAAGAUCUACCCUACCUCCCUCUCUCUCUGUAAAUAGACGCGGUGCAAUUUGUCGCAGAUUAGCAGCAUACAUGCAUUUCGGAUGAAGUAGGAAGCUCCGUCAUCUCAUCAAAAUGACCAAAGCUUCAUUCAUCAUCUAUAUUACUCUCGCAGUCGCCCUCCUACUCCUAAUCUCCCGCUCCUCCAACAACAACUCCCACCGCCACCGCCACCGCCACCGCCGCCUCAAGGUCCGCUCCAACUUCAAUUUCACACCUCCCACCGACCCCCGCUUCUCUGCCUCCGCCGCCGCCGCAUUUGACCCAGUGGUCGCCGAAAUCGAGCGCAAGCGCGAGGACAAACAGUGGGAGCACCACUACAUCCAAGCUCACCACCCUGAGUCGACUCCGCCCGACCACGAGUGGGACGAUCUCGCGAGCGCCGAGGAUUACCUCAACGACGAGGAGAAGUUCAAUGUGACUAACAGGCUGCUGCUCCUCUUCCCCAACAUUGACAUCGACCCGCCCGAUGGCUACGUCAGCGCCGCCGAGUUGACUCAGUGGAACUUGAAGCAGAGCCAGAAGGAGGUGCUGCAUCGGACCCAGAGGGAAAUGGAAGUCCACGACAAGAAUAGAGAUGGAUUCGUCACGCUAGCCGAGUAUCAGCCGCCGAGCUGGGUCGUUAAUUCAGACAAUAACUCAUUUGGAUAUGAAAUGGGCUGGUGGAAAGAGGAGCAUUUUAAUGCAUCAGAUGUAGAUGGAGAUGGUCAAUUGAAUAUCACAGAGUUCAAUGACUUUCUGCAUCCAUCUGAUUCAACCAAUCACAAAUUGCUUGAGUGGUUGUGUAAAGAAGAAAUAAGGGAAAGAGAUACCGACAAAGAUGGGAAGGUCAACUACAAAGAAUUUUACCAUGGAAUUUAUGACUUGAUUAGACCACAUGGUGAAGGGGUUCAGGAUUCGUCACAUGAAUAUGCUGAGGAGGCCCCAACAAAAACAUUGUUCAACCAGCUUGACAAAGAUGGUGAUGGUUAUUUGUCACAUAUAGAAUUGCUGCCGGUUAUUCAAAAAAUACAUCCGUCGGAGCUAUAUUAUGCUCAACAGCAGUCAGAGUACAUAAUGCAGCAGGCUGAUACAGAUAAGGAUGGGCGUUUGAGUUUGACAGAGAUGGUCGAGAACCCAUAUGUCUUCUACAGUGCUGUAUAUGAUGAAGACGAAGACGAAGAUUAUGAUUACCAUGAUGAAUUUCGCUAGAUCCAUCCAUGGUUGGCUGGUGACCAAGACUGUGGCUUUACUCAGAAAUACAAUAUGAUUCUUUAAUCCUUUUAACUCAACAACUGAUGCAGGUCUGCUGGUAGUAGCACAAUAUCUCAAAUUUUGUUCCUUAAACUUGUACUAUAACACCCCCCUACCCAAAAAAAAGGUCUACAAUAUGUUUGUAACUAUGAUCUCAUUCUCUCAGUAAUUUAUUCGCGGUUUCCA